GCCGAGCGUGUCCGUAUGAGGGCCGAUAUCGGCGAGUAUCAAAGAAAGGCAGGAAGGUUCGACCUUGCCGCGACUUUGCUCAUUUUCGCCCCCGAGAAGCGAAAUCAACGUUUAAUCACAGAUUCGUCCACUGACGUUCUAGCGCACAGGUCCGUCAUGGCUCGAGCAGUCCUCUUGGUUUUCGCGGUCCUCGUCACCGUCAUGGCAGUGCAAGCUGCCGUGCUGAAGGCCGGUCCGCCCACCGCGAAGACCUCGGUCGAUGCUUCGGCCGCGGAGGCUGCGCGCCGUGCGCGCCUGGUGGACGAGAUCCGACGCCAGCAGGAGCUCCUCGAGCUGUCGGCUGACCACCUGGGGGACGACACCGAGGAACACCGGUUCCGCAGACUCCUCGAGAAGUUCGUGUACGCGCUUAACGUGCGAACUAUCAUCAACGCCAUGCGCGACACGAUUACCGGAGAAAUCACACCUGCCCACAUAAUCGCGAAGACAAAUGAAGUUCUCGGCGAGGCAUCAUCGCUGGCCAUUGGAAUCGUCCAAUUCUUAAAAAACAUGGGACCUCUGACCUUCAAGAUUUUUAUGCACAGAAUUUUGACUGGCGAAGAAGUUUAAUGAGGAAGCGCAAUGAAUGUGUUAAUCUGCACCUUCCACCGGAACGAGAAGACCAUGUGUAAAUAAACGUACUGAGGUGUAUAAAUGAGAACAAGACAAGGGAAUGCACAGUGGUAGUUCGAUAAUCUGAAGACAUGCCCGUUCUGCAGCGGCGGCAGUCAUAUAUGCAACAAGCGCCCUGCGAAUACUGCCCGAUAAGAUGUGCCCACCUGCAUUCGUUAAGUUAUACGUAAUACAUACAUUUGUAGAGUCAUACCUAAAAAAUAAAGGACGUUAGGUUUGACGUUGUGACAGUUCGCCAGAUGAUUAGCGUCAAUAGAACAACAUAUAUUAUUUUUCCCUGCGCCUUUUUUAAAUACAAGCUAUCGAAAAACUAGGCAAAGUGGCCCUGCUAUUUACGUGGCCUUAUAAAUACAGGGUGCCCCAGCUAAUAUAUGCACCAAGAUUUAGGAAAUAGCGAAGUUUUUUACGUGGAAGAAACCAACUGCAUAUUGUUAGCAGCAACCUGAAGGAGCAUUCAGUAUUUCUAGCAUUGUUCAUAAUUAAUUAGUUUGGAAUGAUUGAUUGAGGAACUUUUUUUUAUUAGCUUACACCACAUAUGCCAACACCAUGUUUUAGAACACAUAGGAAAACAUCAGUUGGAAUUGUUUGUGGCGCGCUAUCUGUUGAGUAUUCGCAAUCAGUAUUGAGCAUUCGUAAUCAGCCACAUCCCAUACGCCCUUCCCUAUCAGGCAUUGACGAACCAAGAGAUAAUACAGGCAAACACCAAUAACCAGAAAAGCCUUCAAAGCCAACCUUGGUCUUCCUGAAUGCGCUAGCACAGAGAGAUUCGAGGGACGUCGCGACGUUAUAUGCUCAGAAAGAACGACUUUGUUCUUUGACUCAGGGCAGGUCUGUAUUUGCAAGGUUAGGAUUUACACUGAGACCCCCGUAUUGCGUAGAGGAAACGGCGCAGAUAGACCGAAACGUUGGAUCGCACAUUGCGGUGGCCCCAAUUCCUAAGAACAUGCAUCCCGAGAUACCCUCCCGGACGACGCAGAGCAAGAGCAAAGACUUGACAAACGUUUCGCCAUGGGACCGGGAGUGUAUUACACGGAUGAUAGUCGAACCAGCUCCGACACGUUCGCCGUAGUCUCUACGUGUAAGAACAGCGUAACAACGGUAUCCUUCAAAACCUCCUCGGCAUGCGUGGCAGAGGCUGUAUCCAUCGCCUUGGCCAUUCAGGACGCCGAGCGCCAAACCAAUCCGGCUGCCGUACUAUACGGCUCACACACAAGCAGCUUGCCGCCUGUUUCUAAAUGGGACGGCACCCCACUCAAUUAUCAAAAUUUUUGGCAAUCAACUAGAAGGGCACCACACUAUCAUAUGGUGUCUGGCGCACGAGGGACUGGCAGGGAACGCGAGCGCAGACCGUAUUGCUCGAGGAUUAAACGUCCGAGCAACGGCAGGGCCCAGCGCCGACCUCCCACAGAGUUCUCGUGACAUCCUCUUACAGCAAAGACGGAGACGUUUUGGACAUCCUCACUCGAACUUAAACAGCCAACAGGAGGGCGACUGGCGUCGUAUUCAGACAAAUACAUGGCCCAACCUGCACCACCUACACAGAAUACACCACACGAGGUUCAGUGACGAGUGCCCGUGGUACACAGACACACCUACACUAAAACACAACACAUGGCAGUGUCCCGAGAGGCCUCCGCACAUAGACAGCCCCGGAAUACGCAAACAUCCACUAAGGAGGAAUAGGCAUGGCUUGCGGACGAGGGC